AUGAGCUCUUAUAGUCAAGUCAAUUCCGAUGACUUAGAAAAAAGAUUGACCAAUAUCACCUCUUUAACCAAGCAAUUAUCCAAGAUCUCUUCUAAUGAUGAUGCUGGCGAUUUCGCUACUCUUGAAAAUCUUACAGAUGAGGAUACUACAAUGAUGGAUGAAUUCUCUGCCACCAAGUAUUGGAAGAAUUAUCAUGACUAUUUCUCAAAGUUGAGCACCAUCAAAAAAGAGAUCAACGAGUUCAAGAACAUGAAGAAUGAAUAUACUGGCGGUGAGGAUUUUGAAGCGGAAAAGUAUCAUCACUUCAACGAUGGCUUAGACAAGGCGAUUAAGAACACCAACAAAUCCUAUAAAGAUUUCAAUGGCAUUGACUACGAUUAUUUCAAAUAG